AUGAGGGCUGCUUUCGUCUUCCUGGGCGUAUUUCCUCUCGCUCGUGCUUUCUCCGAGGGCCUCAAGGCCGUGACGCGCGUGGAGGAUGCCGUCUACUACGCGUCGCACCACGACGGCAACGUCCUCAUCAGAUUCGACAAUUUCAGCACCGAGAUCGUCGCGGGCAGCGCCGACGGCCAGCCCGGCGACGCCGACGGGACAGGGACGGACGCGCUGCUCCACGGCCCCCAGGGCCUCGCCUUCGACGGCAACAAGAGCAUCUACUUCGUCGACACGUUCAACUCGAAGCUGAAGCGCUUCGACGUCGAGGCGCGCUCCGUCGAGACUGUCGCCGCGCUCGGCAACGCGUCCGCCGUCGACAGCAACAAACAGGGCUCGAACCAGCGUUCGAACGGCGCACCCUUUCCCAUCGCCGUCGACGUCGACGCUGCGACGCGCCUCGCCUUCGUGAGUUUGAAGUACGGGAAAGCAGUCGUCGCCGUGGAUCUCGACGCGGCCGAGAAAGUGAACAAGCGCGUCGACGCGCCGCCCUGGGCCCUGCCGUUUCUGAAUACAACAGUUACGACCGUGGACCUGGGCUGCGGCACGCUGUCGAAGCCGCACGGCGUGGCGAUCCGCGCCAACGGCCGGCUCCUGCUCGCGGACGACGACGCGGGCGUCAAACUCGCGGACCUCCGCGGCGGGACCUGCCGGUCGCUGCCCUGGACGACGAACGGGUCCUUCGCGUUCCGCGACGCGGCGUGGGUCGACGACUCCGUCGCCCUGCUCAUGGAGCGCAAGGCGGCGGGCACGGUCUACGCCGUCGACGUCGACGCAGACCGAUCGCGCGCGAUCUUCGGCGGCGGCGAGGAGCGCGACUGCUGGAAGGACGGCGCGGGCGCCGUCGACGGCCCGGGCUCGGGCUUCUGGAAGGCUAUGAGCCUGUCCUACCGGCCCGGCUCGCUGGCCGUCGCGGACACGGGCGGCAACUUCCUCCGGCGGCUCGCGCUGGACCCGGCGGACGCGUUCCGCGACGCGCGGGCGACGACGGUGCCGUGCUACCUCGCGCGCCACAAAUUCGCGCGGUGCAACGCGGGGACCAUCGAGCACUACGCCUGCGGCCUCGGCGACGGGCCCUACCCGCAGCAGCUGCCGCCCUGCGCCGCGUGCAUGAACGCGUCCCUGGGCACGUGGUGCGCCUGCGACGCUUACCGCGACGCGGCCUGGUGCGCGCCGCGCGUCGCCGCGCUCACGCCGCGCCAGCGCGCGUACCCCCCCGCCAUGCGCGUGUCCCUCUUCGAGUUCUGCAGCCAGCUGCUGCUCUUCGUGCUCCUGGCCUCCAUGGCCGGCAGCUGCGACGCCCGGCUGUGCCUGCUCCAGUUCCGCAAGGCCAAGGGCAUCAUCUGCGGCCUCUGCUGCCACUUCCUCGUCAUGCCCUUCCUGGGCUACGUCUGCGUAUAUUGGCUGCUGCCCCAGCCCGUCGUCACGGCGACGACGCUCCUGGUCAUCACGACGAGCCCGUCCGGCGGCUUCUCCGGCUUUUGGUGCAGCGUCUGCAACGCGGACCUCGCGCUGUCCGUGGCCAUCACGUCGGCGUCGACGGUUUUUAGUUGUGCGGCGCUGCCGCUGAAUCUGUAUCUCUACGUGCAGACCGUGAGCGGCCGCGACGUGGGGCUCGACUGGUACCAAAUCCUCGUUUCCUGCUCGGUCGUCGUCGCGGCCGUCGCCGCGGGGCUGGUCGCGUCGGCGCACCUCGAGCGCCGGGGCCGUUCCAUCGUGAACAAGUUCGGGACGCUCGCGGGCAUCGCGCUCAUGGGCCUGAGCGGCGCGAGGAACACGAUGAGCCACGACCCCAUCUAUCGGAAGCCGCUGCGCUGGUUCCUGGGCGUGUGCCUGCCCGUGCCCAUGGGCCUCGGCGCGACCGUCACCAUCUCCCGCAUGCUCAAGCUCCCGCCGCCGGAGGCGACGACGGUGGCCAUCGAGUGCGUCUACCAGAACACGGCGCUGGCCCUGACCAUCGCGCUCUCCGCGUUUCCCCGGUCGGACGCGGGCGCGGCGACGGCCGUGCCCCUCGUCUACGGCCUCGCGGAGAUCGUCUUCAUCGGGCUCUUCGGCGUCUUCGCCUGGCAGAUGGGCUGGUCCCACGCGCCGCCGACGGAGAACCUCUUCAAGUUCCUCCUCAACGACUACCAGCCGGACGCGUCCGAGGACGACAUCGCGCAGCUCCGCAUCUCCGAGUCCUUCGGCUCGACGGUCUCCAUCAACGUCGACCUCGACCAGUCGCUCCUCCCCGACGCCGAGUCGCCGCCGCCGCCGCCGAAGAAGCGCGGGUGCUUCCCCUUUUCGCGCCGCGCGCGCGGCCGGAGCCGCGCGGGAAGUCGCGCGGACGACGGGGACCCCGCGACGACGCGCUAG